AUGGCGACUCCCAUCGUGUACAAGAAAGCAGAUAUCGAUGCCGACCCCGCAAGAGCAGAAUACAAGACCAUAUUACCUGCCCAACGAUCUCGUACGCCCAAGGCCCCCAACAUUCAUACGGCAAAGCAGCAAACUAACACCCACAACCAGCCCGAGCAAAACCGUCUCGGUAUGUUCCCCCAAUUCCACCAACGCAACACCCAACUGAACCUCGCAGACCUCCAACACCAAAUGUGCAAACUCAUCCUCGACGGCAAACUCGGCCUCGCCCCCGUCCCAUCCCCCAAGCACGUCCUCGACGUCGCCACAGGCACAGGCAUAUGGGCCCUCGAAUACGCCAAAAACAACCCCCAAGCAAACGUCAUCGGCACCGACCUCUUCACCAUGCAACCGGCCACCGCCGCGCCCAACGUCUCCUUUGUCCGGCAAGACGUCGAGAAGGAAGAGUGGAACUACCCCCAUCCCUUUGACUACAUCCACCUCCGCUACAUAGUAAGCUGCUUCGACGACGCGCAGUCCGUGUUCCGAAAAGCCCACGCCGCCCUCCGCCCAGGCGGGUACAUUGAGAUAUUCGACCUGGUCCUGCACCCGCGCUACAGCGGCGACAAGCGCGGCCCCGCGCUCGACAAGUGGUGCUCCGCCGUGUGCGCCGCCGCCACGAGAGAAGGCAGGGAUCUCCGGAAAGCAGAGAGGUACAAGCAGUGGCUGGAGGAGAUUGGCUUCGUGGACGUGGUGGACGUCGAGAUGAUGCUACCCGGCAACGCGUGGUCCGAGGACGACAAGAUAAAGGAGAUUGGCGCGCUCCUCGUACAAGUGCAGCCGGGACCUCUGUUGACCCUGGGGACCUACUUUGGAGCAAGGGGCCUGUCGGGCGUGUUGGAUGGCCUUGCUCCGGAGAUGAUGAGGGACAUGGAGGAUGAGAGCAUCCACCUGUGCUGGCCCAUGUGA